AUGUUUGCUCCCAAGGCAGCGGCACCUGCCACAGGGCUUUCUCUCAACACGACCUCCACAAAUUCUUUGUUCGGCGGUAACACAGCCACAUCCACAGCUACGCCCGGCGCAACCAAUACUAGCAGUCUCUUUGGGAACGCUGCGAGCGCAGCAGCACCCAAACCAGCAGGAGGCUUGUUCGGCGCUCCAGCCACAGGAACCACAACACAAGCACAACCGACCGGAUCCAACAUGUUUGGAGGUCAACAGCAGAGCAGUACGGCCGGUAGCAACCUUUUCGGGAGCGCAAAUACCACGACACCGGCUUCUGGGGCUGGGACGAGCUUGUUCGGUGGAGCGACUGCUGGUGCUGGCACCAACACGACUCAAGGAACAACAGGCGGCGGCUUGGGUGGUAGCACUCUUUUCGGCGGCGGUACAUCUACAACUCAAACUCAAGCAAAGCCAGCCUUUGCUGGACUCGGUGGACUCGGCGGUGGGCUUGGUGGAGGAUUAGCAGGAGGCACUACAGGAGGCCUAUUUGGUGGCGGCCAGAGCACAACCCAACAACAACAACCUCAAAAACCUACCCUCUCUCUCUUCGGCCAGCCAGCGCCCGCACAAACCACACAACCACUACAACAGAACACCACUACCGCUGCCAGCACGGUUAUCCCAGGCGUGAAAGUUGACGUCAGCAAUCUCCUACCAACCACAAAAUUCGAGAGUUGUGCAGAUGAGAUCCGUAACCAAAUUGAGGCUAUUGACAAGCACAUCCUGAACCAGAUGAAGAUGUGCCAUGAGGUCGGGGAUCUGCUACCAACUAUCGAGCAGCAGGGUGCCACAAUUCCCAAUGAUGUGGAAUUCGUACAAGGCAAACUGGAGACUAUUCAGCACGCGCUUGAGAACGAUGCCAGUGACAUUGAUGCUCUGCGCAGCCUUGUUACGCGGGAUGCGGCCGAGGCCCAAGUUGCCUUCCGAGCCAUUGAUACGUUGAAGCUCCCUCUGCAAUACCAGUCAACUGGGGGUGGCUGGUGGUCUGUGCAAGAUCAACAGAUUCCAGAGCGAUCUAUGCGCUCGAGCCGCAAAAACACACUUGCUCUUCCUGACGGCGUUGAGGGUGACGCAUCUACUGACGUCAAUGGAAUCCCCGUCAACCUGGUGGAUUACUUCUCUCAUCGCUCGAAGGAGAUGAAGGAAGCUCUUACAAGAUAUACCGGCAACCUCAAAGAGAUCGAAGACCAUCUUCACGGUGUCGAGGCUACGCUCAACCGGCAAAUCAGCGACUUUGUGAGCUCCAAGUCUCGUGAGGCAGCUGCGGCGACACCCCGAUCUACCAACGCUGAACUUGCCGAUGUUUUCGCAGAUGUCGAGGUUGGCAUAAUGGGAGUUGCCACUCGUCUGAGCAAUGUGUCUGAACAAGUACAAGAUCUGUCAAUUGGGCAACAGUCCCUUGGCGAUGGGCGUCUUCAUCUGGGAUAG